AUGCAGAUUAUUGAUAUGGAUAUGACAGGAGAUUUUUCUGGCGGCAAUCCUUUAGUCCAACAGGCUAUGAUUCCAGGGGGAGCUGAACAGGGGAUGAUGCAAAUUUACCUCAGAGUGCGUCCUUUUACCAAAGAAGAGCUCUGUUGCAAUGAGAAUCAGGACUGUGUUGUGAUUGAGGAUGACCAGACGGUGACUCUGAGCGCACCUAAGGGGUCUGCCACCAUGAAGAGCAGCGAGAAAGGAAUCGGCUUGUCCAUCCAUAAAUUCUCCUUCUCAAAGGUUUUUGGACCACAGACGACACAAGUCGACCUUUUUGAGGACACAGUGAGAAGCCAAGUGUUUGAUUUCUUGGAAGGAAAAAAUGCUUUAAUAUUCAGCUAUGGAGUAACUAAUGCUGGAAAAACUUUUACCAUCCAAGGAACGCCAAAAGAUCCGGGGAUUCUUCCGAGAGUGUUGGAUGCCACCUUUCACUGCAUCGGAGGCCAUCAGUACAAAGAAAUGGACUUAAAACCAUAUCUGAGGAAUGGUGCACAGUUUCUGGAUCCUGAUCAAGUUAAACAGGAGAGGACUGUUAAGGCCACCAUUCUUGCUUCAGUCAAAGAAGAAUGUGAUCGUCAAAGAAGGGGCAGUUCAGACAAUGAUCCCAGUCUUUCAUCUUUCUCUUCAUCCAGCAGUUUACCAGGUGAUGCAACCUCAAUGUCAGAAGCCACCGGAGACCAGUUUGCCCUGUGGGUGGCUUUCUUUGAAAUCUACAACGAGUGCGUUUAUGACCUCCUCCAGCCAUCCCUGUCCAAGAAGCGCUCCUCUCUACGGGUGUGUGACGAUGGAGCUGGAAAUGCUUACGUGAAAGAUCUUAGGUGGAUUAACAUCCAGAAUCUGAGUGAAGCCAACAAACUGGUCCAGUUUGGAAAUAAAAACAGAAGUGCUGCAGCCACUAAAAUGAACCAUUCAUCCAGUAGAAGUCACAGUAUAUUCACCAUGAAGUUACUGAAGAUUGAGGGACAAACGGUCAAAGUGAUUUCUGAGUUCUCACUCUGUGACCUGGCUGGUUCAGAAAGAUGCAACAAAACAAAGACGUUCGGAGAGCGGCUGAAGGAGGCUGGAAAUAUCAACAAUUCCCUGCUUAUCUUGGGAAAGUGCAUCAAUGCUCUGCGUAACAGUCAGGCUGAUGGAAAGUCCAGCCACAUUCCUUUCAGAGAAAGCAAACUCACAAAGCUAUUUCAGGCUUUCUUCUGCGGCAAAGGAAGAGCUUCCAUGAUUGUUAACAUCAACCAGUGCGCGUCCACAUAUGAUGAGACGCUUCAUGUGAUGAAGUUCUCUGCCGUCGCCAAACAGGUGGUGCAGGUAAUCCCAGACAGGUGUCAUGCCCCUUGUCUGGUCGGCCGGGAUGGGAAGCCACUGUUGAUGAAUGGCACAGUUGAUAGUCAGCUGGAUGAAAGCUACCUUCCUGAUGAAAACCUGCUUGAUGAAGAGGACGAAGCUGACAUGACUAUGCUGCCACAGAACGAGCUCCUGGACAUCAUUGACAACCUACGAACUAGACUUCUUGCAGAGCGAAGGAAGAACCUGGUGCAGGAAGUGGAGAUCCGUAAAGAAAUGGGGGACGCCAUGUUGCAACAGAUUUUAGAGAGCGAAGAACUUCGACUUCGACAGAUUGAAGAACUAAAGGAAAGUUAUGCAGAAAAACUGGAGGAUACCUUUGAGAUGUUUAAAGAUGCAAUCAAGGAGCAUGCCUAUCAGUGUGCGAUGAAUGAUCUGGAGGACAACUACGUACCGCUAGACGAGUUCACAGAAGAACAGGAGAAAGCUGAGGCUCUCAAACGUAAAGUGUCGGAGUUGGAGAAUUUGCUGUCCGGCACAAACAGAGUUGCUCCACUUCAAACAGAGGAGAAGGGAUGUCAGACUGAAACGUUUACAGAUGUAGAGGCAGAUGAUCGAUACAUGCGUCUUUACAAAGAAAAAUGUGUCCUUGAGCGAAUGUGUGAGGAUAAGCAAGAGUUGAUUUUGUCUUUAGAGAAAAGGCUGAUUGAUCUCAGCCAAACUCUGGAAGAUAUCAGGGUUGGUUUUCUGGAGAAAUCUGCUGAUCUGGAGGCUCUACAGAAGAAGGCUGACGAACAGACGGCGUCCACUGGAGAUGCUGUACGUCUGAAUGCUGAGAAGGACAGAGAGAUCGCUUCACUCAAGACUCAAAUUGAAAAGCUCUCGCAGAAGUCCCCUGUGCAGCCCAAGCCCAAGAAAGGCUUCCUGGCCAACAUCAAGGAGGCUGUCACAUCACCUCGGAAGGGAGCGUCCAGCCGCAGUCUCAGGAAAACCCCCAGAACUCCCCGAAGCUGA